AUGAGUGUGCUUCACUACGUCGAGUGUGUGUCGUUGAUUCUUUUUUUGAUCGGCGCUUUCUUCAAUUUAAUUAUUUUAUUCAACCACCGCAAUUAUGUUGAUACCACGACGAGUAUCUACUUCAAGGAAUACAUUCCUCCUUCAACCCUUCCCGACGGUCCCUAUACAUAUCCACAUCCUUCCUAUGUCUCUCCCGAGCUUAACUUAUCUUCUUUCAAUUAUGAAGGAACCUGUGGCGAAGUUUUUAAAUAUCGUCCAAACAACAAGCGUGACUUGUGGUUGACGACGUACAGUUUUGAGUGGCAAUGGACGUGGAUGCGGUAUCGACAUGAUGUCUUGUUAUCCUUUUCUUUAGCCCAAGCGGUUAUUCCAAAUGCGGACCGUGUCUUAAUAUUAAUGUCGGAGCCUCCUUCGCGGUGGUUUGUGAAUGAGCUUGAGAAUUUAGGUGUCAUAGUUUUGAAGCGUCCCUUUAAGCGUGUUGGUCAGUCACAUGUAUCCCAGCGUAUAUUUGCUUGGCGUGAGUAUUUAGAAGAGCACAAACAAGAUUAUGAUCGUGUCGUUAUUUCCGACUUUCGUGACUUUGUUUUCUUCAACGAUGGCUUCGCAACUUUCAAUGAGUCCGAUUUAGUCUUUGCAACAGAGUGUAUGGAACCGGGCAGACGAUGUAUGAAGUUCGACCAAGAUGCUAAUUACAACUUCAUGGGGCAAAGCUUUGGCUAUAAAGCGGCUGAUGAAUACAAGAACAACAAUUCCAUCGUAAUCAACAUGGGGACGACUUUCGGCGGAACUCAAAAGGUCAUCGCCUACUUACAGACUCAAGAAAAGUACAUCGACAAGGCUUUGUGGCACAAAUGGGGCCAUGACCAAGCAGUUCACAACGUGUUAUAUUACUCCGGAAUUUACUCCCCCCUCAACCCUAAAAUCGAAAAGUGCACACAACGGCUCUGUUUCGGUGAUUUAAAGAUCGUCUACGACGACAAACGAAAGUCUCUGUAUACCAAACAAACUGGCUGUUCUCCUGUGAUGCGGCAUAAAGUGGAAGGGGGAAAAUUCAGGCUCGCUUAA